AUGUUCCCCAAAGCCGCCAAUUCGACGCCGGCCGUCCCUUCACGCAAUGCCCUCCGCGUCCUCCGCCAAUUGGCCUACGCUGGCUCCGUGGGAACUUUUUGCACCGUUGCAGCCAUCACUUACGAUGUCCACCGACGGAUUCGCGUGGCUGAGCAGAUCAUUGAGAACAAACGUACGAUCCGGACCUCGGCACCGAACUACGAUGCCACAGCUUCUGCCAGGCGUCUUGCGCUUAUGAUGGAUGCGGCAGAAGCUGGUGAGUUUCUAGGUUUGGAUUCUCUGAAGCAUAAGCCCUCACCGCACAGCCAGAGCGAGGAAUUCCCGCUUGACGUUGACCAGAGCACCCUGGAACAAAAUAUCGACACCAGUCUACCCCCCUACGACUCGACCAACUCGGAACCUUCGGCCUACACUGGCAAUUCGUCCCACUUCGCUUAA